AUGACGGCGAUAUCGCGCACAAACAUGCCGCCAGCAACGCCAGUCCACCUCGGCGCAGCCAGCCUAGCCAACACCCUCAAACGAGACCACGCAACAAGCAUCGCCACCCCAAACCAGCGCUCCCACCACCACCUCACCGACCUCAGCCCAACACAGGACAGCCCCCUGCCCCCUGCACCCGUCAGCGCCUUCAUCAUCGACGACGAACCCCAUGCCGACGCCAAUCUGAGGAGGACGGCAGCAGCGGCCACGGCGGCGGCCACCAACCCCACUGCCGCCCCCUCAUCCUCUCGACAAGCCAUCGGAAGCCGCACCCGCACCGCCGUAUCCAGGAUCACCCGCGAGAGGCCGCCCAUCUCGGACGAAGACUCUCCCGGCGUCGGCAGAAGGGCUGCAGCUGGCCCCUCGUCGACAUCCCCCCUUCUUGAUGACCUCGGCGUGCCGCGCGCCUCCUACCUCCUCCAGAGCGAGCGGGCCCGCAUCUCAGUCAGCCGAUCCUCGCCCGUCUUCAAAGGCGAAGACCACCUCGAUCACGCCGCCUACCUCGACCGCAAGAGCUCCCCCGCUUCAAACCAGCCCAUACUUCCCUCUGGCCGCACAGCCCAGGCCACCGGCUCGCGCUACAGGAGCUCGCAUGCACCCAUCAGCUCCGCCGCCUUUGGAAAGGCCGGAGAGUCCUCGAGGCCUACCUAUGGCGGCCUGGGACGCUCGUCGUCCUACGGCAACGGCAACAACAGCGUAGAGGCCGUGCGCGACGACGCGCGGAUAGCCUCUCGCUCCUCGAUGAACAGCAUCGCCGGCGACAGCGGAAUCGAAGCGCGUGCAUCCCGCCCGGAGCCCUUCAACCGACGCAUGAGCCGUACGCCUCCCUCUGAGCUCCGCGGACAGGCCGCUGCACCCAAGCGCCGGUCGUUUGAGGCCGUCGGCGACGACCUCGAUCUGGGCGCUCGCCCGCUGCCGUCGAGCCACGACCUCGACUUUGCGCCCUCGGGCUCGGCUUCCGGCCCGGGUUCGAGGACCAGCAGCAGGAACAGCUACGCGCGGCCCGACGAGGCGCACGAUAUGGGCAGCCUCGAUAUGGCACCGCACCGGGUUGCUCGGCGCACGAGCGAUGAGAGCGAGACAGCCACCGAGCUGGCACGACCCAGGCUAUCAGCGGAGCGAUUCGAUCACGAGCACAUCGAUGUCGAGACGGCACGGGCCUCGUCAUUCCACCGCUCCCAAUCCCCGCCGCCAGCACCGUCAUCGCCCGAUGCACGUCAUGUCCGGACAGGCUCAGCAGCCGACGCAGAGCUCCACGGAGCGUUGCCAGAUCGGUCGCCGCCAGGUAUGGCCGCACGGUUCAGGGCCUCGACGGAGGCCAGGGGCGACGGCGUCAUCGAAGGGCCCGGCGCGGCAGCCGGAUCGGGCUAUCGGACACCGGCGCUAGGCAACCGAGCGUUGCGAUCCAGCCUAGCCGCCAGCAACGGAGCCAGGAGCGCCGGCAGGAGCCUGCGCAAGCUGGCACGGUCGUCGAACCACCAUGUGCCUGCCCGCCGCGUUCAGCGGUAUCAGGACGAGGAGGAGGAUGAAGACCUGGACGACGAUGCCAAGGACGGCAACAAGGGCGAGCACGAAAACGGCGGUUCCGGCAACAACUCGUCGGGAGAAGGCCCCGACGCCGGACAAGAGGGCGUCCACGCCAGCGGCGGCAGCUCGGGAUCUGGAAGCCGCGAGGAGCGGGGCAACGUCAGCCCGCGUCUUCGGGCCUACGGCUACGACCCGGUCGAGGCCAAGUCGCGCGCGGAGCUGCUGGAGCGAGCGUCGCUGGUGCGCUCCCCGAGUCCGAAGCCGUCCCUUGCCGAUCCUCGAGCCGUCGAUCGCGACGAUGACGGGGAGGCGAACCACAACAUGGCUUCGGCGACACCAUCGCCACCGCCGCUGCAGCCGCCGCCUCCCAGCAAGAAGGAGCAGCAUCCAAACGCGAGACGCGCGGCCACGGGCGACAACGCCGGGCGCAAGGAGAACAUCGAGCCAGCAGGACGGAAGCGCGGUGCGGGCGCCAACGCCAUCCACGACAUCCUCGCCGCCAAGAUCCCGGCUCCAAACGCCCAGGCUGCCGCUGGCGGCGUGCGCAGGCACUUGCCGCCGUCUUCUGCAGACAGUGCUGUCCCUGUGCGGUCUGCCUUUGCGCCGUCCGCCGCGCAGAACCAGGCCAAGGCGGGCGCGGCGCCUCUGGUCCCCUCCACGGUGCCGCCGCCACCGCCCGAGGGCAUGGCUGAGGGCGACGACGAGAUCGACGAGGAGGUCUACCGGCAAUACAGCGACUGUCGGCCAGACCUCAUCUGGGGCGAGGCGGAUCGGCAGCACGAGCAGCCACUGGCCAGCCACGCCAACCUGUUGGAGCUAGUCAAGGGCCCGCCCAAGGCGACUGCAAUGCAAGGCCUCAAGUACCGCAAGGUGAAGAAGGCCGGCAGAGGCGGCUUCUCGGUCGUGUGGGUGGUCCGGGGCCCGCUCUACGAGCCGUCGGCAGCAUCGCCGCAGGACUUUGAAGAGGUGCCCGAGGACCGGCAGGCGUUUUUCGCGCUCAAGCAGGUCUCGCUCAAGGAGGUCGAGAGCGAGCAGAACCGGCAGGAGCUCAUCUCGGAGGCCAACACGCUGCGCACCCUCGCCAACCUCGAGGGCAGCGAAAAGUACCUCUUGCGCUACUUUGGCCACCGGGUGUCGAACGACAAGCUCAAGAUCCUCCUCGAGCUCGGCGACGGCGACUUCAACGGCAUCCUGGCCACGCAGGCGCCGCUGUCGCGCGACCUCAUCGCCCACUACUGGCGCGAGAUGCUCGAGGCGGUCCAGUUCAUCCACGACGUCAACCUCGUCCACACCGACCUCAAGCCGGCCAACUUCCUCAUUGUCAAGAACCGCAUCAAGCUGAUCGACUUUGGCAUCGCCCAGAACAUUCCCAAGGGCACCGUCCACAUCUCGCGCGACGCCAUCAUCGGGACGCCCAACUACAUGGCGCCCGAAGCCAUCAAGAUUGCCAAGGCCAAGGGCCGGAGGGUCUACAAGGCCGGCAAGCCGUCGGACGUGUGGUCGCUCGGCUGCAUCCUCUACCAGAUGAUCUGGGGUCGCCCGCCGUUCGACAAGCUGCCGUCGGACCGCAAGCUCGAGGGCAUCAUGGACCCAAACCACAAGAUUGCCUACACGCCCUACCGAGACCCGCGGUACCCGGACGUUGAGGACGUCGAUGCCGACCUGCUCGACUGCGUCCGAUCGGCGCUCCAGUACCGGGUCGAGGACCGCGCCACGAUCCCGCAGCUCCUCCAGCACCCUUUCCUGCGGCGGCCCGACGACGGCGGCGACGCCGAGGCGCACGACGACGACGACGACGAGGACCUCGACGAGACGGUCAGCAUCUCGCGCGGCAAGUUGCGCGACCUCGUCGGAAGGCUGCGGACGCUGGCGCUGCGCGACGAGCUGACCGAGGACAAUGUCAUCGAACGUGCCGAUAUGCUGUUCAACAACCUCAAACAGGCACAGGCGCAGUCGUAG